UCCCAAUCCCAAUCCGUAGUCUGAUACGGGCUUAAGAAAUUGGCCAAUCACGGGCCAAUUCACUUGACGCAUGCGCGGUGAAAACUGGUGAAAACAGAGCAUUGGUAAAGCGGAGAUAAGAGAGAAGUCUGUGAUUGCAGCUCGUGCAGAGAGUGGUGCCCCGGUAGCGUGCGUCGCGCGUCGUGUAGGUGGGCGUGCGUACGUACGUACGCGCGAGUGUGUAGGUGGAAGGGAGUAGGAAUUCGGAGUCGGCAAUAUGGCCGGCCAGAUGUGCAGCGGCAGGGUGUCACGGUGGUGUUAGUGCCGCGCGCUAGACUCAAUCUCCUUAUUUAUAUGUCGAACUACCGCAAGUCUUGUCCGAAUCUCGCGUGUUUUCAUGGGCUCGGUGAUAUACUGUGCAGAAGCAGGAAUACGGCUUGCAUGAAGGCAUAGCAUACGCUCACCGGUCAAGCAAACAUGAACGAAGUGAGCAUAUCAUCCGCCCGCGCCUCGGUGAUGGUGUACGACGACGUCAACAAGAAAUGGAUACCGAGUGGCAGUUCGUCCGGUUUGUCCAAGGUCCAGCUCUAUCACCAUCAGGUGAACAAUACGUUCCGCGUGGUCGGCAGGAAGCUGCAGGACCACGAGAUUGUCAUCAACUGCGCCAUUCUCAAGGGACUCAAGUACAAUCAGGCCACGGUCACGUUUCACCAGUGGCGUGAUAACAAGCAAGUCUACGGGCUCAACUUCUCCAGUAAGGACGACGCCGAUGCUUUUGCUCGGGCGAUGCUCCAGGCACUCGAUGUGCUGAGCAAUGGUAGCAACAUAUCAAGAAGUCUCGCUCCGACAACCACCACGACUACUCAGCAGCAAACCGCCUAUCAGCAGCAGCAGCAGCAGCAGCCGCCGCAACAGCAGCAACAGCAGCAGCAGCAGCAGCAGCCGCCGCAACAACAACAGCAGCAGAGCCAGGCAACCGCUCAAUAUGAGGAGGACAUGGGGUACAGUCAAGGUCGUAACGCGCGGAUCUCCUUGUCCCUGAGCCAUCUGCCUACAGGAGGCCAGACGGCCCUGCCCGUGGGCUCCGCCACCACAACUCCCGAGCACCACGUGACCGUUAGUGGUGCUGUUGGCACCGUUAUUCAAAUGGGCUGUGCGCGUGGCUCACCGGGCGAUGGACACUCGAGAACUAUGACUAGAGAGGAUGUGGCAAUAAUUCAGGAACGUAGAAUGUCUCAACAAAGUCAAGCAACUGCAAGUCCCAAUCCCAUAUCGCCGAGUUGUCCAUCUGCUGCACAGCAACAGCAGCAGCAGCAGCAGCAGCAGCAGCAACAACAACAAUCUGGUCAUCAUCGAACCUCAUCGGCGCCGCCGGCACCACAACCGCCUCAACAGCAACAACAAGCUUUACAAGGUGUCGGCGGUAUCGUUCCCGCCGCUCCGCAAAUGUCUGCGGGACCGGGAGUCGGUCCUCCGAUACCACCGCCUCAGCCGCCGAUUGCACCCCCCGCCCCACCGUGCCCACCAACGAUGAUGAACUUUAACUCGUCUGCGGUGCCAGCGCCACCGAUGAUGAUAAAUCAGUACGCACAAUCGCCGUCGUCUCAGUCAAACCUGGCGAAUCAACAGUCCCAGUCCAUCUACGUUACUAAUCAAACAAACCAGUAUGGUGCCGCGCCUGCGAGUAAUCAAUACGCGAGUGCCAGUGUUCCUAGCGGUAGCACCGGAAGUGGCGCGGCCCCCGUCGUGGGCCAGAGUCCGAACCAAUUUCCGCCAUCCGGCAGUCAGAACAACUUUUACGGUACUAACAGUCAGACGAGCAAUUAUACUACCGGUGGACCGGUCAGUACAGCCCAAUAUAGCCAGUCGAUUGGUAGUCAAGCCGCGCAAUAUGGUAGCAGUGGUAGUAAUCAGUACGGAAGUAAUAGCUCGAUAAAUCAGUAUGCCUCCGGUCCGCCACCUGGUCCGGCAAGCCAAUACGCGGUUGCGCAACCCGGUCAAUCGCAGUACGGCACCAAUGUCGUGUCCCAAACGCAGUAUGGUGGUACCGGUCAGGUACAAACGGCUACCACGGCGGGUACCACGAAUCCAUACGGGACACCAUCAAAUUCGGUGAAUCAGUACCCUACCGGCGGACCACACCACACGGUCAGCGCAAACGCUUACGCUCCUAUCGCAAGUGGCGGCGGGCCACCGCCGCCUCCGAUGGUAUGUUUGGCUGGGCCUGCCGCGCCGCCUCCGCCACCACCGCCGCCUGUACCAAACGCUAACAGUUCCACCAAUGCUGCCAGUUCCUCAAACGAUCCUCCGCCUGACACCAACUCAUUAGCCGCUGCCCUUCAAGCGCGUCUUAAAAAGAAACAGCAACAGUCACAACCAGUGGAGAACAGUGGCUCGAGCACCAGUAGUAGCGGCAGUGGAAGCGGUGGAGGAGGCGGCAAUUAUGGCACCUUGGGAAGAGGUGGAGGUGGCGGAAUGGCUUCCAUGAUGGACGAGAUGGCCAAAACUCUGGCACGUCGGCGGGCUGCCGCCGAGAAAAAACAGCCCGAGCAACCACCGGAACCGGAAAGUUCGCCAGACAAGAAAUCUUGGGACAAGAACAAUGCAUCGAAUAAUAAGUUCUCGAACGGCGCCGAAUCACCAAAAUCGGUACGCAAGAGGUUCGGUUCGGCUUCGGAGGACACCCUCCUCAAAGUAAACGGCGUUAACGACGGAACCUCGCUCACUGCGCAAGAGAUGGAAGCUUUCAAGGUGGAGAUAAUUAAAGAAGUGCGGAAAGAAUUUCAGAAAAUGAAGCUAGAAAUAAUCGAUGCCGUCAGAACAGAACUGAAUAAGAGAUAAAGAAGAUGAUAAAGAAGACACAAAAUGAAGCUCUCGAAAGUGAAAGGAAUUGGACGAAACGGGAAACAGUUAAGGAGAGUUAUAUGACUAGAUAGCUCGAUAUCAAAGCGGUAUCAUUGAGAACCACAUACAGGUUUUUACAACAUAUUUACAGGAAUGUAAUGUGAUUACAUUCAUGUAUAUCGAACAUUUAUGUGUAAGUAAUCUUAUAGUGUCUUAAGUGACCGUAACCUUUUAUUUGCUACAUAACAAUCGUAGCGAAACGUUGAAUCAAUUGAGUUUCAAUUAACUAAGUUUGCGAGACAAUUGAUUUGUUUUACACGCAUAAAGUCACGAGAAACCUUUAUAGAUUCUGAGCGAGAAAAAUACGCGAAUGAAAAUAUAACACAAGUACAAUGAAAGAUGGUUUUUUUAGUAUCAUUGAUAUUGAUUUCUAUUUCUCCCCUCGCUCUUUCUUCUGACUCUAUAUAAUUUAUAUAUCAAGACCGAUACAAUUAAAAUUUCUAAAAAGAAGCUCAAUUAUACUUCAACGUACAAGUUACGCAUCGUCAUAUCUUUUAUUUCAUAUGGUUAGACAGACCAAGUUUUCUUUUGUAUGUUGCAACAUUCUUUUACACAAGAACGAUCUCAUCUCAUGUAGAACAUUCUACGUAGAAUUCUUUCAUCAAUGACGUGGCAUGUGUUUUCUUCGCAUUUUCGUUUUUAUCUCUGCCAUCUUAAUUUAUGCAAAAUUGCAUUUUCGAUUUUUCUCACGAUGCGAUAAUAACUCUUGGAAAAUAUAAUAGACGAAUACAUUCCAAGAAACGCACCUCGUUUCCCGGCGCGCUCAACUUUUAGACAUGUUGAACGUUGUAAAUAGCAAUAAAGACGAUAGACGGAUGCCACGAUCGUUGAUUGUGAAAUUCUCGAGAACAUUGCGCUUAAACGAUAUAUAGCUAAGAAAUCUCCAUGUUUAGUCCAUAUUUGGACGAUGUCGAAUAUUUAAAUUCGUGCGACUCACGUUUUUCGCACGUUUGAUACGACGAGUAGUUGUUCUUCGAGAAAACCAACUACUGUCGUAUAUUACUACACAUUAAAAAGAUACUUUUCGGUCGAUAGAAAAUUUUCUUGAAAUCCGUCAUUUGUAAUUUUAUAUAUAGUUUGCUAAUUUUUUCUAGAAAAUCGUCUAGCAACAAUUUUUAUUUAGCUUGCUUUCUACAAGCACUUGUAUUUAGACAAUUUGUUUACACGUUCACGAAUAAGUUAUUGAGAACAUCCGUACGAUAAAUAAUUUACUUUUUAUAUUAUCUUUCUCGAGGCUCCAUCUAUUUUAUUUUACACUCUCAAUAUAGAAUUUCCAGACUUUCGUCAUUCGAUCAAUUCAAUAGUUAAAAUGCGACAAUUAUACUUGAUUCGUUCAUUAUUAUCAUGAAUAAUAACGAAUUUUCUACUUGAUCGAAGCAACCGUAUAAAAUCUACCACUUUACGGGACUUUUACGUUGGUAGUCUCUACCAAUUCUCGUAAUUUCGAAGGCUGAAUUUUACACGGUUUUUUUUAUCACGCGAUGCUUUACUACGCUUUAUUACGUACGGUUUUAUUACAUCGGCACACGCUAGUUUAUGAUAAGCGUAAUCAUAAGAACUCUUGAUAAUCAUUCCGAGGGAAUUAGAUGAAAGACAAUUUCUAGUCGAAUCAUCGGAGUGAGAGAUAUAAUAUCGCAAGGAAAGAUGUAAAAUUUUGACAGCAAGCUUACUUUUCAAUCACCUAAUUCCUAUGUUUUAUCAGUUUUAUCUCUUUUCUUGUGUUUCACUUAAAUUUUGAUUUUACUUACAAUUAGUGAAUUCGAUACGCGUGUUUAACAUUUAUUUCCUUUUUGUACCCAUGCGAGAGAAUGAUUUACGGUUCAAAGCGUAUUUGCGCAUCUCCCCGGGACCCGGGAUGCAUCGGAUGUUUCGAUCGAUAAUCGAGAGACGCGUACGCAAUUUAUAAUUGCGCGAGUGCGCGCAUUAAUCUUUUUAUAUGCUAUACACUUGUUUCCUAUCUCUUUCUGUAUUUCUCGAGGCAUUCCUUUCCGCUGCUUUUUGCUACAUAUUUCAUACUCCAUCUUUGUACAUACAAAUUCAUCUAUACAUACAUGUAUAGAUCUUUUAUUGUAACGUGUAUUUAUUUCAUUUGUUUGUUUUUUCUUUCUUUUUCUUCUUCCGUUCUUUUUCGUACAUGGAGCUGUCAAUGUGUGGGAGAGGGAGAAAAUGUGAAAAUAUUGACACGAAAGGCAAGGUCUUUUUCGAAUGUUUCUCUAGCCGCGACUUUAGCGACGACUCGUUCUCUCUUAUCAUCGUCGCUUAUGCUCUGCGCUUUUCCUUUCGUCUCUGUCCUUUUACUUUCCUCCAUGCCGUCUCUCCUUUCUUCCUUCCUCCCGAUAUACAGGAUGUUUAAUUCGCCCUCUAUCAUAAUGACAGAAUUUGCGAAUUUAGAGACACUUUUUCCUCAAUUUCAAAGAAACCAUUGUCACUUUUUUCAUAUUUAACGUUAAAUAUUAUGAUAAUUGAACAGUCUCGAGUUAAUUUUAUCGACAUGCAUUAAAUCUGAAGUUAAAGAGAAGGAUGAGAGUGAGAGAGAGAGAGAGAGAGAGAGAGGGAGGGAGGGAGAGAGAGAAAUGUACUAUGUAUUAUAAGUGAAGAUGCACUAUAUAUAUACAUAUAUAUAUAAAUAGAGGAAUAUUUUUAAAUAAAGAUAUAUAUAUACUAUUUAUAUUAUAUUUAUUAUACGUUUCUCUCUAAAGCUUAAUUCGGGAAAGGUUCUUCGUUUUCAAUCGUUGAUAACUCGAGAGACAUUGGCAUAUCGAUAUUUAAUUGAGGAAGAAUCUGCUCCAAAUUCCUUUUAGAAUCUGUCUUUAUAGCCGUGGUGAAGCAUCGUGUAUAUUUACGAUAUACCUAACCGCGCGUUAAUAAUAUUUGCUUCUUUUUUUUGUCCUUUACACGCGGCUAUCUGCCGUUCUCGUUAAUGCAACGCAUUUUUAUCGCGUCAUUAGAGUCUACACGAUGUUUGCGAGUACGCAUUAUCAAAGUUGCGAUAUGCAUAGCCGCGCAUACUUUUUUUGCACGUAGAUACAGUAUAUUAAGUAUAUGCGUAUAGUGGAACUAUAAUUUUCAUAUCAUAGUCUUAACGCGAGUAUUAAGAGUGUUUUUUGUGUUAAGAUUAAAAAAGCUAUUUAAGGAGAACGGGCCGAAAAGGCUUGGGUAAUAACGAGGAGAACGGUGAUAAAAAGGGUUGUUGACCAAGACCAUUAAUGAGCACUGUGUAUCGUCAAGUUGAAAUGUCAACGAUCGAACGCAUAAACGACUUAAAAAUUCGACAAGAACGUUUAAGACGAGUGAAACCAGCGACGAUCAUCAUUUCAUUCGCGUUCUUUCUUCUCAAUUAUCAUAUGUAUAUGUUUCAUCGCACUUAUUACUUUUUAUACAAGUUGUACAAAAUUGGCGGGCUAAUGAUGUAAUUUCAUAAAAAUUUGCACAUAUUUUCCAUAAUACACAUUUGUGCAACAUUCAUUCAUUUAUUCAUUCAUUGUUGCCGGCUUCACUCGUGCGAGUGAAAAUGUUGGUGUUUAAGCUUAGAAACAUAUGUGCGGAAUGACUGCGGAUUAACAUGUGUAAACAUUAAUUAAUAAGCUGUGUCGUAAGCAUCACGAUACCACGAAUGGUAUCCUUCACUUUUAAACGUCGCUUCGUCCUGCCUUCGAUAUAAGUGAUACUCGAAAGAAUCGCGUACUCGUAACAUUAGAGACCAUGAAUUGGGACGAGCGACUUGCACGCGAUACAUGUGGUUUUCUAGUUUAACGAUCAAAUGCAUAUUCAGAUAACAUUUCUGAAUCGUCGGUAUUUCAAUAAAAUUCGCGCAAGGCGAAAAGCGAGGCAAACGCGACUUUUGUCAUGUAAGAUAAAAAAUACGCCGAUAAUUACCCGAAUGCACAAAGCGUAAUCACGAGGCGCGAAAAUGGAUCGUCAAAACCGUUUAGCUUUUGUGUGUGCGUGCGUGCGUGCGUGUGUGCGUGUGUGCGUGUGCGUGUGUGUGGGCGCGCGUGUGUGUG